GAACAACACCGCCCUUCCGGGGCGUGCCUGCGCGAACGUCACUUCCGGCGUGCGGGAGGAAGCCGGAAGUGGCUGUGUUUGUGUCGAACAUGGCGGCGCUGGCGGAGCCGUGCGCCGGGGUCUCCUCUGGCAGCUCCGAUGAGGAGCCGGUCCCCACGGCGGAGGAGGAGCUGGCGGCCCAGAAGAGGGAGGCGAGGCUGAGGAAGUUCCGGGAGCUCCAUAUGAAGAGGAAUGAAGCUCGCAAGCUAAAUCAUCAGGAAGUUGUAGAAGAAGACAAGAGACUUAAGUUGCCACCAAACUGGGAAGCAAAAAAGGCUCGAUUGGAAUGGGAACUGAAGGUGGAGGAAAAGAAAAAGGAAUGUGCUGCAAAAGGAGAAGACUAUGAGCGAGUGAAAUUGUUGGAAAUCAGUGCUGAGGAUGCUGAAAGAUGGGAAAGAAAAAAGAAAAGAAAAAAUCCAGAUCUAGGGUUUUCAGAUUAUGCAGCUGCCCAAUUGCGCCAAUAUCAGAGGUUAACCAAACAGAUCAAACCUGACAUGGAACAAUAUGAAAAGCAAAAGAAAGAUACGGAAGAAUUCUAUCCAACAUCAAACAGUCUUCUUCAUGGAACUCAUGUGCCAUCUAAUGAAGGGGUUGAUAGGAUGGUUACUGAUCUUGAAAAACAAAUUGUAAAACGUGAAAAAUACAGUCGGCGACGUUCCUAUAAUGAUGAUGCAGAUAUUGACUACAUUAAUGAGAGAAAUGCCAAAUUCAACAAGAAGGCAGAAAGGUUCUAUGGGAAAUACACAGCAGAGAUUAAACAGAACUUGGAGAGAGGAACAGCUGUCUGAACUGUCAGAUUACCAUACUUUGUGUUUCUGUAAAUAGGUCAUUCUGCACAGCCUGCUGGGCUUAUACUGAGAUGGCUAAACUGUAUGAUAAAAUGCCAAUAGAAUAACUGUAGACUCUUAAUAGUGACAUAGACUUUAAUAUUAACAAAUGACAGCAUUUUCAUUCCUAUCGCAAGUUUAUUGUCUAAAAUACAAGUGCUUGAAGGACAGGAAAACUUAACUAUUCAUAGCUUGCCAUUCCUAAGGUAGCUAAGUUUUGAGUUUCACUAAGUUGACAGACAAACUUAUUUCAUGUUGUUUAGAUUUUGAAGCUACCGUGGCAUUUUAAGAGAGGACUAAAUUUAAUCUGGAUUACUGAUAAGAGAGAGCACCUUCUGUAUUAGUAAAUGUGAAGGAUCCCUUGAGCUUAAGUUUAGCACAAUUAGAUGUUGCUAAAAUAAUACACAGUAUAGCUGACUUUGGUAUUCUUAGUGACAUACUGAGUUUUCUGGUCCUGGCAUACUUAUUUCCUUGACUGAUGUAUCACUUAAAAACAUCAGUCUUUGUAGGGCAUAAAACUGUCAUUUUGUGGAAGAGCUGAACAGUUCUGAAUUUAUGGUAACUGAAGUGAAUUGCUGCUCUUUUAUCAGCUUUGUUUUGCUAAGUUACACCUUCUCCAUCUUGCUUAACUAGACUGCAUCAGCCCUGUGCUGUGGAGCAUACUUACCUUCCCACCCCCAUCCAGCUAAUAUGUUCUAUACACCUGGUAAUGUAAGAUACUGGAAUUCGAGAUUCCUGACUUUAAAGCCAGAAGAGAUUGUAUUUAACAUGGAGCUUUCUAGACAAACAUGUGGGUGAAAGAACUACUGCUUCCAAGGGAGAAACAAGGCUGAUUCCUCCCCCCCCCCCACUUCAUACCUUAUUCACCUAACCACAAACAGGGAAGGAAGGGGAUGGAAGAAGCCGAGCAGCUUGUGGAAAAGCAACUGUGCCUGAAUCAUAAAAGCAAUACAACAGACUUCUGUGGGUGGUUCUUGCUGUGGGAUGCAAGGUUACCUGUUUUCCUCGUUUAUUUCUUGGACCGUCACAGUAUCACUAGAACCCCAGUUUACUGAAGUUAGAUACAUUUUGCAUUUUCUAAAUUGUCUUUUAAAAACAAGGAUUGUGACAGGAACAAGUUUUUAAUAAAGGGUGCCAGCCUGGUGAUAUAAUCAUAGCAUAGACUGUCUUCAGUCAGUUCUGUAUGCAUGGAAGAACUAGCCCUAGAGGCACUACCAGGUUUCUGAAUGGGAUAGAUGCAUGUGUCAAUCGGUCUGGUCACAGUUGGUAGUGGACUGACCAUCAUGUUCAUCUAUAUCAGCAUUGCUUAACCUGGGGGCUCAUGACCCAGAAGUGGAGCACAGGAACAUGAGAAGGCUGCAAAACAAACUGGUACAAAAAAAUAAAGGUUGACGACCACUGAC